AUGGCCUUAUACGCCAUACCCCCUGCCUCGGCUCCUACGCAGCCCACCCCCUUCAAAGUCAACAUCCCGGACAGCGACAUCGCCGAUUUCAAGCAGCUUUUGAAGCUAUCAAGAGUCUCCAAGGAGACGUAUGAAAAUGUGCAGACGGAUCGAAGAUUCGGUGUCAGUCGUGAGUGGAUUAUGAAUGCGAAGAAAGUUUGGGAGAGCGAGUUCGACUGGAAGAAAUCAGAGUCCUACAUCAACACUUUCCCUAACUUCACCAUUCCCGUCACAACCGAAGCUGGCAGUUUCACCAUCCACUUCAUCGCUCUGUUCUCGACCUCACCGACCGCAACUCCCCUCCUGUUACUCCACGGCUGGCCGGGAAACUUUCUCGAGUUCCUCCCCAUACUCGCCCUUCUCAAGGAGAAGUAUACGGACCCUGCUCAGCUGCCGUACCAUGUCAUCGUGCCCUCCCUUCCCGGCUACGCAUUCUCCAGCCCACCACCUCUAGACCGCGAGUUCGCAGUCCGAGACGUCGCCCUCGUCAUGGACACUCUCAUGCACAACCUCGGUUUCUCCUCCGGCUCUGGCUACGUAGCGCAAGGCGGUGAUUUGGGUAGCGAAAUUGCCAAAGUCCUCGGUGGUGGCGAAUUCCCCAGCUGCAAAGCCGUCCACGUAAAUGUCAACUUCAUUAUCUCCGCACCCCGAGGUCUAUCCGAGAAGGAGCAGUCGUUCACAGAGGCAGAAAAGAAGAUGCUAGCACGGGGCCAGGCGUUCAUCACCACAGGCGCCGCGUACGCUGCCGAGCACGGCACCCGACCCUCCACCAUCGGCCUCGUGCUCGGAUCAAGCCCGCUAGCCUUGCUGGCCUGGAUCGGCGAGAAGUACCUGGAGUGGACGGACACCGACCCCUCGCUCGACGCAAUCCUGGAGAGCGUGUCGCUGUACUGGUACACGCAGACGUUUGAGAGCAGUAUCUACUCCUACCGCACACACUUCCCACCCAAAGACCAACAACCCAUGAUUGCCUACGUCAGCGUCCCCUACGGAUUCUCCAAUUUCCCAAAGGAAGUCGUGCCGGUUCCCAAAAGCUGGGCGGCGGCUGCCGGGAAUCUAGUGUUCUACCGCGAGCACGAUACGGGCGGACACUUCGCGGCGCUGGAAAACCCCGAGGUAUUGCUGGGCGAUAUCGAGGACUUUAUCGCGCAGGUGUGGAAGGUGUGA